AUGGAUAUUCCACAAGAAGCAGGAGGUGGAGCUUGGGGGAUUCCCUCUGGCUUUAGUCGCCACCGUAACCUCCUCCCAAAUGAUGCUUCUUUGUUCUCCAGCUCUCUACCUGUUCUCCCUCAUGGCAAACUGCAAUUGAGUGACAACAGAGAUGAUUUCUCAUUGAUAGACGAAGCGGCUGCUUCCCUCCAGAACAAGUUUCACGAGAGUGCUGAUGAUAUCGAUUCUCAUUCCAUCGGAAACCUGCUCCCUGAUGAAGAGGAUCUCUUGACAGGGAUGAUGGAUGAUCUUGACCUGACCGAGUUACUACCAGACGCUGAUGAUUACGAUCUCUUUGGUAGUGGAGGAGGAAUGGAGCUCGACGCUGAUUUCCGUGACGGCAUGAGCAUGAACGGUCCUCCAAGACUCUCCCUUUCAUCAAGUCUUGCUGGAAACGCGGCUCCACAAUUCAAUGUUCAAAACGGUGCGGGAACGGUUGCUGGUGAACAUCCUUAUGGUGAGCAUCCGUCAAGAACAUUGUUUGUUCGGAAUAUCAACAGCAAUGUAGAGGACUCCGAGCUCAAAACUCUCUUUGAGCAAUACGGUGACAUAAGAACGCUUUAUACGACUUGUAAGCAUAGGGGAUUUGUCAUGAUAUCUUACUAUGACAUUCGUUCUGCUCGAAUGGCUAUGAGGUCUUUGCAGAAUAAGCCGUUAAGACGGAGAAAACUUGAUAUUCACUUCUCAAUUCCUAAGGAUAAUCCAUCUGAGAAGGAUAUGAACCAGGGGACACUUGUUGUUUUCAACCUGGAUCCUUCAGUUUCCAACGAUGACUUGCAUGGAAUCUUUGGUGCUCAUGGCGAGAUCAAAGAGAUAAGGGAAACACCACACAAGAGGCAUCACAAAUUUGUCGAGUUUUAUGACGUUCGAGCUGCUGAAGCAGCUUUGAAGGCAUUAAACAGGUGCGAGAUUGCAGGAAAACGUAUAAAAGUUGAACCUAGCCGCCCUGGAGGAACACGCCGAAGCUUGAUGUUGCAACUUAACCAAGAACUUGAGAACGAUGAUUUGCAUUACCUACCUCUGCUUGGUUCACCCAUGGCAAACUCUCCUCCAAGUAACUGGCUGCAGCUGAACAGUCCCGUUGAGGGUAGUCCUCUUCAGAGUGUACUGAGUAGGUCACCUGUUUUCGGAAUAAGUCCUACAAGGAACAGCCACUUGUCUGGUUUGGCUUCUGCUCUAAACUCACAAGCUCCAAGCUCCAAGCUUGCACCCAUCGGUCGUGGUCAAAUUGGUAGCAACCUCUUUCAACAGUCGUUCCAAGAGCCAAAGCAGGAUAACAAGUACACUGGAAACAUUUCGCCUUCUGGUCCUCUGAUCUCUAAUGGAGGUGGCAUUGAGACGUUAUCAGGUUCAGAGUUUCUCUGGGGAAGUCCUAACUCACGCUCCGAGCCUUCAAACUCUUCGCUUUGGUCAACAUCAUCCACUGGGAUUCCAUUCUCCUCAGCUCGUGUAGACCGAUCUGUUCCAUUCCCGCAUCAAACUCAAAACCGCAGCCAUCACCAUCUCCAUGUUGGAUCAGCACCAUCUGGUGUUCCUCUAGAGAAGCAUUUUGGAUUCUUCCCAGAGUCUUCAAAGGACACUUUGUUCAUGAACACUGGUGGUCUUCAAGGAGCGAGUGGAAUGGGUCUCAACGGUGGAACUUUCCCGUCGAAAAUGGGAAACCAUGGGAUCAUGAACCCUGGAAGCAUGGCAGAGAACGGUUUCUCAAGUUACAGAACGAUGAUGUCCUCACCGAGAUUCAGCCCCAUGUUCUUGAGCAGCGGUCUCAACCCGGGACGGUUUGAUGGUUUAUAUGAGAAUGGAAGGGCACGUAGAGUGGAGAACAAUCCGAGCCAGGUCGAGAGCAGGAAGCAGUUUCAGCUUGAUUUGGAGAAAAUUAUGAAGGGAGAGGAUUCUCGAACUACCUUGAUGAUUAAAAACAUUCCAAACAAAUAUACCUCGAAGAUGUUGCUAGCGGCUAUUGAUGAAAAGAACCAAGGAACUUACAACUUUCUGUAUCUGCCCAUUGAUUUUAAGAACAAAUGCAAUGUUGGCUAUGCGUUUAUCAACAUGCUCUCUCCAGAUCUCAUCAUUCCAUUUUACGAGGCUUUUAACGGGAAGAAGUGGGAGAAGUUCAACAGUGAGAAAGUAGCUUCCUUGGCAUAUGCUCGGAUACAAGGAAAAUCUGCACUCAUAGCCCAUUUCCAGAACUCAAGCCUCAUGAAUGAAGACAUGCGUUGCCGCCCCAUCAUCUUCGAUACCCCUAACAACGAUUCAGACUCUCUUGAACAGGUUAGUGUUGAGGAGACUAAGAAUGAGGAUCUUCUUGACUCUGAGCUCAAUGAAAGCUGA